AUGUGGAUCCUUGAUUCAACGAGCGACUUCCUAGAUGGGAAGCGUAUCUGGUUGCGGCCUGGGAAGAAGCAUCUCUUUGGCCGACCCCCGCACGCCCACCGCGCAAUCUCCAAACAACUGACAAACUCGAAUGUGAUCUCUCGCAAACACCUCACAAUCGAAGUAUCUAGUGUUACCCCUCGCGAUGGAACUCGCCCUCACGCGAGAACUCAAGUUACCGUGACCGAUCUGAAAUCCAAGAGGGGCACAGUUGUGAACGGAGAACAUAUUCAAGGUCAAAUUCGGGUAUUGACUGGGGAUGAGCAUGUCAUUCAGCUGGGUCCCCAUCCUCUUCGUUUAAAAUGGUUUCCAGUGGUAUUUAGCUUCUCUUUCUCGUCCAAAGAAAUGAGAGCGGAAGACCCCUUGGCCAAAGUUCGCUCUAAGUUAGAGGACCUAGAUAUCAAGACCAUCAUCCCAUACCUGGUAGAUCAAACCACUCAUGUGGUCCAAAGCAAGCGGAAUACAGCCAAGGGUCUCCAGGCAUUGACUAAUGGCAAAGCAAUUGUCAAUAACUCAUACAUUGACGCUUUAGUUUAUGCCACAACCCCCGCCGAAUUUGAGAACGACGAAGCCUUAUCCCCGCUCGAGACCGAUUUCGAUGCUGCAUGGCCAGAUGCGACAGAUUAUCUUCCACCUGCUGGUAAUGAGCCCACCAUUCGCCCGGCAGCAGCCUUUGCGCCCAACCCUGCCCGUAUCAACGUUUUCGAAGGCUAUACCUUUGUCUUCGGAGAUGCCGCUCAAUUCGAGAACCUUCAGGCGGCGAUUAACAAUGGACAAGGCAAAGCACUGUUUUUUGAAAUCAAAUAUGGUGUUACUACUGCUGCCGAGAUCGUGAAAUUCAUGAGAGAUGCUGCGGGCCAGAAAAGUGGUAGUAUUGAUGAUGAUGGGCCCGGCCGAGUCGUGCUGGUGCGAUUUCGAUCCAAAGGUGAACACGAGUCUUGGUCCAUUGAGCUGGGCAAUGAAGUUGCUGUCAUGAUCGAUCGGCGCGUGAUUGAGCAGAGUGAGUUCUUGGAUGCAAUUCUGGGCAACGAUGCCUCUCCACUUUGCCGCCCUCUUCCGGAAGGAUCCAGUCAGAUAUCUAUUCCUGAAAUUGCUCCAGAGUCACAACUCGUGCGAGAUAACCUUGUUCCGUCCUCGUCGCCACCUAUACCUCAGCAAGAAUCCCAAUCCUUGGCCCCUCCGAAAACGCAACCUUCGCGAGUACGCAAAUUUGUGAGCAAGAUGAAGACCUUUGAUGACGGGUUUGAUAUAGAUUCAAUCCCUGUAUACAUAUCCGAUGACGGUGUGAAGAACACCCCGGCGAUGGGAUAUGAGCCCCAGCCCUCUCAAGAUACUGGGCCUCAAGAAAAAUCGGAAGAGGCUGAUGAGGACGUGGUCACAGAUCUACUGCCCGGUGCACGGGCAAUGAAGAGACGGCGAGAGGAAAUAGAUCAAGGCCGUCAUACUCGUCCUGCGCGUGUCGAACCUGAAGCUGCUCCUAGGCCGAAGCGUGCGAAACUAGAUAUCCGAGAAGCCGCACGAAAACAUCGUGAUGAAGCGGAGCAACAAAGACAGGCCAAAGAAGACGCUGACCUUACUCAAGAUGUCAACAUUGAAGACUUGCGGAAUCUUGCCAUUAUUGAGGAAAUGGAGAUGCCUAUCCGAGAAGCACCUUCCCGGGAGGAUCUUGGAAAUGACCGGUGGGAUGAGCAAUGGAAUGGUCGGAAGAACUUCAAGCGAUUUCGGCGAAAAGGAGAGCUGCGCCAUGCGCGCCAACGAAUCCAAAGUCUGAUCGUUCCUCUCGAAGAGGUCAGGCGAAAGGAUUUUGGUGUUGGAGAACACCAGUGGAUUAACAGUCAUAAUGAGCCAGCGAGGAACGACGAGCCAAGGGAAGAGGAUCGCAUGGAAGCUCCUUCUAGAGAACAGUCGAUUUUGAGGUCUCAAUCGUCGGUGGUUCAGUAUGCUAGUCCUGACCAAACCCCCGAUCCGCAACCCGCACUGCCACGCAGUCGCAUCCACAAACGGUCCCGAGAAGCUCGUGAUUCAGACAGCGAUGAUGAACUACGAUUCCGGUUCAGGCGUAAACGCUGA